AUGGCUUCCAUUAGUUCCGAAGAUGACUUCCAAAUAAUGUGCAACAUUCACAGGGAAACAUUGUCAAUGUUACCGCCAGUGUUACAUGGAGGACCUUUAACAACACGUAAUCUGUCAAGAGAUUCAAAAGCUGAGUUUACUAUGAUUGGUCAUCGUUUUGAAAAUGUGAAAGACUUUAAAGAGGCAUUGUGCGACUUAGCCGUCAAACACAAUUUCAACUUUCGCUUCAUAAAGAACGAUAGAGAUAGAGUGACUAUGACAUGUGCUGAUGAAGAUUGUCAAUGGCGUGUUCAUGCCUCAAGAAACGGAAACCUCCCUACAUUCAGGAUUAAAACAGCACAACAUGAACACACAUGCGGUGGGGGCAUCAACACACCAUUUUACCCGAGAGCAUCAAAGAAAUGGGUCAGUAGGAAGGUAGUAAUGAAAUUACGUGAUCGGCCUCUAUACCGAGCAGUGGAUAUACAACGAGAUAUAUUACAUGACCACGGUGUUUGUCUGCCGUAUAAACAAGCCUGGAUGGGUAAAGAGUUAGCAAGGAGAAUUCUUCUUGGCAGUGAUGUAGCAAGCUAUGAUCUGUUGGUAUGGUAUGUAGCCAAAGUUUCUGAAACUAACCCAGGUAGCAUCGUUAUUAUUGACACUGAUGAAGAACGAUUCAAGUGUGGGUUUUUUUGUUUUCGUGCUUCUCUUGAUGGUUUCAAGCGGGGUUGUAGGCCUAUGCUUUUUCUAGAUGGAACUCACUUGUUGGGCAAAUAUGGCGGUAUCCUUCUGGGUGCAACAGCCAAAGAUGGCAAUGAAGGAUUUUUUCAUUUAGCGUUUGCUAUCGUGGAUAAUGAAACUGAUGAUAACUGGACAUGGUUUACAUCAACUUUGGGUGAUGCAAUAUACGGUAAUGACGACUAUACCAACAUUAUCACAUUCAUCUCCGAUCGAUCAAAAGGGCUUGUAAAUGCUAUUGCGAAGGUUUUUCCUUUGGCCCCGCAUGCUUAUUGCUUGCGACAUCUACAUGCAAAUUUUCUGAAAUCAAAUGGCCAGUUAGGGAAGUCAUUAAAGGAUGAGUGUUGGAGUUUGAUUAUGAAGAUUGCAUAUUCCUGUACGUCUUUCAAAUAUGAUGAAGUUGUAUGCUCCCUAUUGGCCACAUCAGGACAAGCACACCAUUGGAUGUUCCAGAAAUCAGACAUGUCACAUUGGUGUAAUUACUUGUUUAGAGGCCAGCGGUAG